AUGUCAGAUAUGCAGGCACUAGAUAGAGUGCGGCCUGGACCCGAUGUGGAUACCCAGUUGGCCCAGCAGCCGAAUCAUCGGUCAAGUCCGCUUUGGAGUUGCGCCGCUGACGAGGAGGUGCCUGGCAUGAUAAAGGUUCGACGCCGUAAAUGUGUAUUGCCACAGGGUGGGUUAGAUCCAUGUAUCAUGCAACACAUAGAUGCAGCAGGGUUGAAUGGUUUAUUCAAGGUUCCUGAUAUGGAGGUCGACCACGCCUUGAUCACGGCGUUGGUUGAGCGGUGGCGUCCGGAGACGCACACGUUCCACUUACCUCAUGGAGAAAUGGGUAUCACCUUGCAAGAUAUGGAGGUGAUGCUGGGGCUUCCGGUGGAUGGGUUGCCUGUCACUGGGAAGACAGACUACAUAUGGAAUGAGCUGUGCGAACAGUUGUUGGGCCAUAAACCUCCACCCCCGAUACCAAACUCAAACAAGUCUAUCCUUGCUGGGGCGAGGAUAAGAUACACCUGGCUUGAUGCACAGUUUGCCGAUCCCUUAGUUGCGGACGCUGCUGACGAAGUCGUGCAGCAACAUGCCUGCUACCACCUACUUGUACGGAUGGGGGCCCUCUUGUUCAUGGACAGGUCUGCGGACCGGGUCUCACUGCUGCCUCUGCAGUUGCUCAACCCAGUCAGCAAUGCGAGACGGUAUAGCUGGGGUAGUGCAGCAUUGGCCUGGCUGUAUAGGCAACUUUGUGGUGCAUCGAAGAAGGAUGCGAUGCAGAUUGGAGGAGCACUGUUGUUGGUGCAGCUAUGGGCCUAUUCAAGGUUGACACAAUUAUGCCCUGUUGUGAGGCCGCCUCUACCACCAGUGCACUCAGGGCCCCUUGCCAUUAGGUGGAGCGGGCCAAAAUGCACCGCAGAGCAUGCCACACACGUCCUUGCUGCGUACCGGGCGUCACUGGCUACAGUACGGGCCGAGCAGAUUGUAUGGGAGCCGUAUACGCAUACGCUAGGCUCCCUACCUGCGUAUUGCACUGCUGGGCAGCAUAUUUGGAGGGCCGAGGUGCCGUUGAUAUUCUUUUGGAUAGUGGAGUGGCAUCAUCCUGAGCGAGUCCUCCGUCAGUUUGGGAUGAAGCAACCAGUUCCAAGUGUCGUGGAUACGUCAACUACCCUUCACAAGAUAUCCCUUCAGGGUAAAUGGGAGAAGAACUGGGAGGUAGAACAUGAUCCCUUUAUUCGGCAAUGGGCCAACCGAGUGAAUGUAGUUCGUGGGUCCGAUCUCCUAGACGAUGAUGAUACGUAUCUCGUUGAGUACAUGAUGUGGUACAAUCGCCACACAAGGCGGUACAUAACACCAGAUUCCGCAUAUUGGGAACUCAUGGUGAGGCAACAAUUCCUAUUUUAUGGAUGA